CUGAAGCCCCCCAGGAUGGAGGGAGUUCCCCCCCAGCAGGACAAUGGCGGUGGCUGCCCAGGACUGGCAGCGUGGCCUCUGGAUCCCGUGUCGCCCUCCAGCUGGUCAUUCCCGGUCCCUGCCGGUGCUCCCCCCACGGAGGGGUGUGUGGGGGCUCCCCCUGACCCGCUGUCCCGCAGGGGGUACUCCCGGGAGGCCGAGGGCAGCUGGUUCCGCUCCCUCUUCGUGCACAAGGUGGAUCCGCGCAAGGACGCCCAUUCCAACCUGCUCUCCAAGGGGGAGACCAGCAACCUCUACAAGAUCCAGUUUCACAAUGUGAAGCCGGAAUGCCUGGAAACCUACAACAAGCUGACAGAGGAGGUGCUGCCCAAGCUCCACUCGGACCCCGACUACCCCUGUGACCUGGUGGGCAACUGGAACACCUGGUAUGGAGAGCAGGACCAGGCAGUGCACCUGUGGCGCUUCUCGGGCGGGUACCCGGCGCUCACGGACUGCAUGAACAAGCUGAGGCAGAACAAGGAGUACCUGGAGUUCCGCAAGGAGAGGAGCCGGAUGCUGCUGUCCCGCAGGAACCAGCUGCUCCUGGAGUUCAGCUUCUGGAACGAGCCCCAGCCCCGGCAGGGACCAAACAUCUACGAGCUCAGGACCUACAAGCUGAAGCCAGGGACCAUGAUUGAAUGGGGCAACAACUGGGCUCGGGCCAUCAAGUACCGGCAGGAGAAUCAGGAGGCGGUCGGGGGGUUCUUCUCCCAGAUCGGGGAGCUCUACGUGGUCCAUCACCUGUGGGCCUACAAGGAUCUGCAGUCCCGGGAGGAGACGAGGAACGCGGCCUGGAGGAAGAGGGGCUGGGAUGAGAACGUGUAUUACACAGUGCCGCUGAUCCGGACCAUGGAAUCCCGGAUAAUGAUCCCGCUGAAGAUCUCCCCCCUGCAGUGACGGGGGGGCCGUGCCUGGGGGCUUCCUGCACCCCAAGGGGCUCCCUGCCUGCACCCCCACCCUGCUGGAGAAGGGCUGGGGGGGCUCUGCACCCCCUCAGCUCCCUGCUCUUUCCCCUUCCCUGUUUUGGGGUGCCCUGUGGGGGCUGAGAGCAGGGAGGGGAUGGUGGGGGCCCCCCAUCCCGUGGUGGGUGCCCAGGAUGGUGCUGCCAGGGGGGCUGGGCAGGCUGCAGAGGUGGGGGGGGGGCUUAAUUGCCCCUGGUGGGCCCAGUGGGUGCCUUUGCUGCCAAUUAAAUAUUUAAUAUGCCAAA